ACAUCAUUCCUGUGGCUAAAUAUGGUAUGGCACAAUCAAUUUGUGCAGUGGAACCCAGAUGAAUGCAGAGGCAUCAAGAAAUCCAGCAUGGCAACUGAGAACCUGUGGCUUUCAGAUGUCUUCAUCGAGCAGUCCAUCAGUGUGGAUCAGACACCUGCAGGUCUCAUGGCUUAUGUCAAUAGUGAAGGUCACAUCAAAUACAAUAAGCCAAUGGGGGUGGUCAGCAUCUGUAAACUGGACACCUUCUAUUUCCCCUUCCAUGAACAGAGCUGCAUGCUCUCCUUCAACUCUUUCACCUACACAGUGGAGAACACGGGCCCGGGCAUGGAGAAGGACGUCCAGGAGCUUUCAGAUACAUCACAGAACCUCAUUCAGAGCAGGGAGGGAGUGCGUACUGCUGGUCUGGCUAAGAGCACAUCGGUGGUCAUCAGGUGCAGGCACAGGCCCAGUCCCUACGUGGUAAACUUUCUGGUGCCCAGUGCCAUUCUGGUUGCCAUCGACAUCCUCAGUUUCUACCUGCCACUGGAAAGUAGGAACUAUGCCCUACUCAAGACGACUGUUCUGCUGGGCUACAGCGUCUUCUUGCUCAUGAUGAAUGACUUGCUCCCAGCCACUGGCACUUCAUCACACGCUUCAUCAACCCCCUUGCCUGCAGGUGUCUACUUCGCCCUGUGCCUCUCCCUGAUGGUAGACAGCCUGCCGGACACCAUCUUCAUCACCCACCUGCUGCACGUGGCCACCACCCAUCUCCCACCCCUGCCUCGGUGGCUCUACUCCCUGCUGCUCCACUGCACCAGCCCAGGGAGAUGCUGUCCCACUGCACCCCAGAAGGGAAAUAAGGGCCUGGGUCUCACCCCCACCCACCUGCCUGGUGUGAAGGAGCCAGAAGUAUCAGCAGGGCAGAUGCCAGGCCCUGAGAAGGCAGAGCUGACAGGGGGCUCAGAAUGGACAAGGGCCCAGUGGGAACAUGAGGCCCAGAAGCAGCACUCGGUGGAGCUGUGGGUGCAGUUCAGUCACGUGAUGGACGCCCUGCUCUUCCGCCUCUACCUGCCCUUCAUGGCCUCCUCCAUCCUCGCUGUCACAUGCCUCUGGAACACCUAG